CACACUCUUUAGUUACUAGGUACCAAAAAUAUUUUAAAAAACAAAAGCCGUCAUUGGAGGGUUUAGCUCAAGGUCUUUCCUUCUUUGUUAAGCUACUUUGCUUCAUCAGCCUUUGAUUUUGAUCUUAGAGUCCUACCAGUUGCUAAAUCUGAUGGAUUCCUUUGUCAGAAUUGAUAAGAGUGAAGAAGAGAUGGUGGUUGAUAGAUCAGAGGAUCCUCAGAGGUCGGACCAGUUUCCGAAAGUGACAACUAAAGUUACAGAUUCUUCUGCUUUGAUAGGCGAGGAUGAUGAAGGCUCCCCUGAGCAUCAAGCUGAAUUUAUAGAAAAACUAGGCUCCUUUUACCAGGAGAAGGCGAUGGAAUUUAAACAACCUAGGUUUUAUGGUCAUCCGCUUAAUUGCCUAAAGUUAUGGAGAUCUGUCAUCAAAUUAGGUGGUUAUGAUCAGGUAACUGGAAAAAAAAUAUGGAGGCAAGUGGGAGACUCCUUUAACCCCCCCAAGUGAGCAUUUAGUUGGGCCUGACUAUUUCUUUUUUUUUCUUGCAACUUGAUAUAAAUAUUUCUCCUUUUCUCGUCAAUAUAUACUAUGUAAGGGAGAUGUUGUCUGUCAUUAUUUUACUGAUGAUGUGCCAAGAUUUUGAAGUACGAUAUAUUUUGGAUACAAUAUAUCAGAAGGUGUUUGAAGAACAAUUGUUCAUGAACUGUAUUAAAUCUUAAUAACUACUCCCAUUGUUUCAAAUGUUUGUUUGAUUUUGACUUGACAUAGAGUUUAACAAAGUAAAUAAUUUUCUUGAAUCUUGUAGUCUUGGAUCACAACGGUACAUGGUCCAGUUAUUUACUUAAAAUUAUAACAAUUUUUCGAAAUAGAGAAUUAUAUGAAUUUGGGAGAAACUCCAUUAAAGGAAAAUCAAUGACCCAUAUAAAUAGCUUAGCAGGAAAUGUCCCGAAGAAGUCCAACGAGUAACAUAAUCUUGUUAUAUAGAAAAGAACAACUAUUACCUUUUUCUGAUGAAUCGUAUAGUUUUACGAUUUUAUCGAAUAAAAAGGUUAUCAAAUGAAGGGUAACUAGGUAAAUAUAUGGCACCACGAAGCAACUCAACCCCAGCUCAUGAAGGGUGGUUUGUCCAUUUCCAUAUAAAAAUUCCAAUUUCUCAUCCAUCUUCCGAUGUGGGAUUUCUUAACAUUUCCACGUAUGCCCAGACCUCAACUAGAGCAUGAACCGUUAUAAAUGGAGAGCCAACAUCGAUGAACAACAAACUGGGAUAAGUCUAACUCUAAUACCAUAUAAAGAUAUGAUACCCGAAUCUACCACAACUUCAAAAAUUAGCUCGUGAGGGGAGGUUUGUCCAAGUCCACAUUAGGAGUCCAAUUUCCCACUUCUCUUCCGAUGUGGGACUUUUUAACAAUUUAAGUUGAAAUAAUCGAAAAGGAAAUGACAGAUAAUGUAUGCUCAAGGUUGAAAAUAUUAUUAAAAAACUUUAAAAAGAAGAGUCCCUUAGUUACAUAAUUUUAAAUGGAUGAGAAUUGAAUUCAUUAUAAGAUCUAUUAAUCCUUCUUAGAAGAUAGUAUGUUGCCCACUCGGACUCGAGCCGAGAUGCAUUAGCACUGCUUCCUAAGAGCAAUGUGUCCAUCGAUUUCCCCAUAGCAGCAUGUCUUGAACUCAUAAUAGCAUAUGAAUAAGCAAUUGUCGAGGUUGAGUAGCUAUUUUUGUUUAGUAAUGACAAUAAAAAGUUGUUCAAAUAAGAAUUUUUGAUUUGAGUUUAGAUAAUGUACCAAAAUGUCCUUAAUCUUGUAGUCUUGAACAUGUCAUGUGUGUUGUUAAAUUAAGAAUUGCCAAAAAAGGAAAGAUACAUUCUUUACUUUGAACUUGGUAAAUUUGGAAGGAGGUAUUCUUUUUAUAGCGGAGAGAGUAGUUAAACUACUAAAAUUGAAAACACGAAGAAAACAUGAAGUGUUUUUUGCAAAAAUAACAACAUAGAUUCCAAUAUUGAGCUACAAGCUGAGUUGCUCGGACUC